CUGCUCAUCCGUCCUCCGCCAGCUCCCAGUCCCUCCUUCCUAUAUUCUAGAAUACCCGUUACCGUUGCCGACAAUGUGUGGAAUCUUUGGUUACUGCAGCUACUUGAAGGAGAAGACUCGCGGUGAGAUUUGCGAGACGCUCUGCAACGGCUUGUCUCGCCAAGAAUACCGUGGAUAUGACUCGGCCGGAUUCGCUGUUGACGGCGACAAACCCGGUGAGGUCCUUUACUUCAAGGAAGUAGGCAAGGUAGCCGGAUUGCGGAAGAAGGUCGCCGAAUCCGACAUGGACACGAAAAAGACGUUCAUCACCCAGUGCUCCAUCGCACACACUCGCUGGGCUACUCACGGUCCCCCCUCCGUCCGCAACUGCCACCCCGUCCGCUCGGACCCCGACAACGAGUUCUGUCUUGUUCACAAUGGUAUCGUCACCAAUGCCGCUGAGCUCCGACUUGUCCUGCAGAAGAGAGGCUAUAAGUUCGAGAGUGAUACCGAUACCGAGGCUGUCGCCAUCCUCACUAAAUACGUCUAUGAUUCUCAGCCCGAGAAGCGCAUGUCGUUCACGGAGCUCGUGCGGACUGUGCUGAUGGAGCUUCAGGGCUCUUUCGCCUUCGUCUUCAAGUCCCGCCACUACCCCAACGAGCUUGUCACUGCCCGUCGUGGAUCCCCUCUGCUCAUCGGUGUCAAGACGGACAAGAAGCUAAAGGUUGACUUCGUCGAUGUUGAAUUUGGAGAUGCCAGCGCUUCCGCCCCUCCGACCGUUACAUCUCCUCAAUCUCCUUCCAGCCUGUUGGCUCCCCCGGUCCCUGGCUCCAGCUCUAAAGUCUACCGCACCCAAUCACGUGCCUUUAUGUCCGAGGACGGGAUUCCCCAGCCCAUCGAGUUUUUCAUCGCUUCUGACGCCGCUGCCAUCGUCGAGCACACGAAGCGCGUGCUGUACCUCGAGGAUGAUGAUAUUGCCCACAUUUCUGAGGGCGAGCUGCACAUUCACCGCCUGCGCAGCAAGGAGGAGGGCUCGCAAUCGGUCGCCACCACUCGCAGCAUCGAGACGCUCGAGAUUGAGAUUGCCGAAAUCAUGAAGGGCAAGUUUGACCACUUUAUGCAGAAGGAGAUCUACGAGCAGCCGGAGUCGGUCGUCAACACUAUGCGUGGGCGUGUCAACUUCGACUCACACCAGAUCACGCUUGGUGGUCUGAAGGCGUACCUGCCCAUCAUUCGCCGUGGGCGUCGCAUCGUGUUCUGUGCUUGCGGUACUAGUUAUCACUCUGCGAUUGCUACGCGGGCUAUCUUCGAGGAGUUGACGGAGAUUCCCGUCAGCGUUGAGCUUGCCUCCGACUUCUUGGACAGGAAGACCCCGAUUUUCCGUGAUGAUGUUUGCGUGUUUGUUAGUCAGAGUGGUGAGACCGCGGACACCAUCUUGGCUCUGAGGUACUGCUUGGAGAGGGGCGCCCUUUGCGUUGGUGUCGUGAACACUGUGGGAUCCACGAUCUCGCGUGAAACUCACUGCGGUAUCCACAUCAACGCUGGUCCUGAAGUCGGCGUUGCUUCGACGAAGGCUUACACGUCCCAAUACAUCGCCCUCCUUAUGAUGGCCCUCCAGCUUUCCGAGGACCGUAUUUCCCUGUUGGAGCGCCGUAAGCAGAUCAUCGACGGUCUUCACGCUCUUCCAGGCCAGAUCAAGAAGGUCCUCGACAAUGACAAGAACCUGCGUGUCCUGGCCAAGAACGUUCUCGCGAACUCGCGCAGUCUUCUGAUCAUGGGCAGAGGCUACCAGUACGCCACGUGUCUCGAGGGUGCCUUGAAGAUCAAGGAAAUCAGCUACAUGCACUCGGAGGGUAUCCUGGCGGGAGAGCUCAAGCACGGCCCGCUCGCGCUUAUCGACGAAAACAUGCCCGUCAUUAUCAUCAUGACGCGCGACUCGCUGUACCCCAAGGUGCAGUCCGCGUUUGCGCAGAUCACUGCUCGCAAGGCGCAGCCGAUUGUUCUGUGCAAUGACGAUGACGACAGCGUCCCCGACAACGCAAAGGUGAUCCGUGUGCCGCCGACGGUGGACUGUCUCCAGGGCCUGCUCAACGUCAUUCCCCUGCAACUCCUCAGUUACCACCUUGCCAUCCAGAACGGCUUCGAUGUCGACUUCCCGAGGAACUUGGCGAAGUCUGUCACGACGGAGUAAACGUGUGUGUACGGAAUCUCGAGAGCUGGGAGAAAAAUACUGUUAGAUUAUGCAAGGCAGGUAAUGGACUGCGGUUCUCGAUCGGACGGUUUCAAUAUACCUUCUGUUUCGUUUUAAUCAGGGAGUAGAGCCAUUAGCGUGUGUGUCGUCUUUGUUGUCGUGGAGAUGUAGGAUUUCUGGACUUUGGCAAAACCAGUGUAUUGUACAUAGUUGACAUAGAAUGAAUGCAUCUGUUUGAGAUGGCAA